AUGGAUCAUUUAAAGGCUCCUGAACCGUUACUACUUUCAACGCCAAGAUCAAAACUGAUCACAGAUGUUUCCUUACCCAUUACACCAAACAAAAGGCUUAGGUCCCUAGAUCCAUUAUCCAUUUCCAAUCUAACACCUUCUAAGAAAUCUGCCAAAUUGGCUCGCCCUUCGUUUAGAACUAGUUCCUACUCUGUUAAACCUCAAGUGUUAACUUUUAAUACAUUUGAAAAUAUGGAUUCAGAUUUGAACAUUAACAAAAAUAUAUAUGAUGAUAUUCUGAGUCACAGAUUAAAUUUGGAUGGAGAUUCUACUUCAGAUUUCGGUUCCAUAAGUCCUCUAAGUGAUAUAUCAUCUGUCCCCUCAUCAUCCUCAUCGUCUCCCGACAUUGCGUGUUCAGAUCAAAUGGAUCCCUUCAGUAUCGAUACUUUUAAUUGGACGGGGAAACAUCUCAUGAAUAAGGAAACCUUAGAAUUGAACCGUAUGAUUCAAUCCUCCAUGUUAAAACUGGAUCAUAAUGUAACUUUAAUGCCACCAAUAGUAAGGAAAAGCCAUCCUUGUCAUAGAACAAAAACACCAACCAAAAGAAUCUUAAACUUGGAAACUAGCUCUUUGAAUCUUAUUGUCAGUUCGUCGAGAGGAUCAUUGAAAGAUGCAACGAUAUUUGCCACGGAAAUCAAUGCUUCCGCUCAUCAUGAGGACAAUAAACUUCCUGUUAUUUCUAACGUUUGGGAAAGAAUUACAAUCCCUGUGAACUCUAGUAUAAAAGAAAAGCACAAGAAAUUAAAGGAAAGAUUCUUAAAGGAUAAUGAUUUGGAAAAUGAAAGUUCGGAUGAUUUUGACAGUGAAGAUGUGGCUGAUUUUCCAGAUUGGAACGCUGAAUAUGAAUCUGUAAAUAAUUGGAAGGAAAUUCCAGAUGCCGCCUUAAUUAGAGGUUAUGAUUUUGAAUAUUUGGGUGGUAAGGAAACUUUCAAUAAAAAAACUGAUACCACCAGGGAGAAGAAACGUGUUAAAUGGGCAGAGCAAUUAGAAUGCUAA